UCUGAACGUCAAACCGGCAUUGACAUCAUCGAUGUUGGUAGAAAUGGCAAACAUGAUUUCGAGUGUUGGAAUACUGUCAUCUUGGAGGUAUAUAAACUCCCUCGAUGAUGCUGCUCCUUUCCUCUCGACAUCUUACCCUUCUUCCUUCCCGCCCGUCGUUUAAGCAUCUCCAACCAUUUUUUAUCAUGUCUGCCACCAAGAACGCGUCUGGUCUGGCCCCCUCAGAGUCCAAAUCUCUCGAGGAGAGGAACCCCGAGCCCAGGGAACAGAAAGUUCUUAUGGCUAUUAAGGAGAUGUACUCCUGCAAUCCCAACAAUACAACAUUCGACGUCUACUCUGAAGACGCUGUCUUUCACGAUCCCGUUGGUAUCGCGACAGGUCCAAAGUCCAUUCGGGCUCAGUUCGUCGGUCUUGCAAAGCUCUUCGAAAAGGCGGAUAUUCCAAAGUUUCGCGUUCUCAAGAACCCUCCUCAGGUACCCCAGGGUACCAUCUUAGUAGAUCAGGAUGUAGCGUACUACCGAGAUGCUUUCUCGUCCCCUACCAAGACGAUGAAUUCGCUCUUGACUCUCGAGCUCGACAACGAAGGAAAGCUGAGGCGUCAUAUAGAAGAGUGGGAUCAUGAGAAGUCAUCCACCUCUCAGGAUGGAUUCCUAGGGAUGAUCAACGAGCACAGGAAGAAGUUCUCUGCGUCCGCAACCGAGGCUAUUUUCGGCAAAUAGUGGGAUAAGUAGUAUAGGUCAUAUUAAUGUGGGAUGUGUACCUUGCAUGAUGAAUGUUGCCGUCGCCGCGUAGUCUCCGGCAAAGGGU